ACUAUUUCUCAAGCAUCACUUUAUAUUCGGGACUUUGGUGUAAAUGGAUUAUUUAAAGUUAGGCUGUCCUGAGGGAAACAAGACGGAAUGAGUUCGGCCAGUUUUCUUCUACUUCAGUCACAUCUUCUAAAGUCACUUCUGUUCUUGUUUUGACUUUGGUCUCUUUGCAAGCGCAGUCAUCCUGCUCUAUUUUAGCAAAUCAGUCCUCUUUUAACAAAGACUUUGUCUCAUGGCGGGCCUUUGGAGAUCUUAUCAGGCGCUGUUGGCCAAACGUCCAUGGACAGUGCAGAUUGUAACUGCUGGCUCUCUGGUGGGAGUGGGUGAUGUCAUCUCUCAGCAGCUGAUUGAACGCCGUGGACUGGCUAAUCACAGUGUAAGACGUACCGCCAAGAUGAUGAGCAUUGGCUUCUUCUUUGUCGGUCCCGUAGUGGGUGGAUGGUACAAGGUGCUGGACAAACUUGUCACUGGUGGCAGUAAAAGUGCAGCCCUGAAAAAAAUGCUUUUUGACCAGGUGGGCUUUGCACCAUGUUUCCUGGGUGCUUUCUUGGGAAUAUCUGGAGCUCUCAGUGGGCUGACUGUGGAGGAGAAUGUAGCCAAGCUCAGGCGGGACUACAUGGAUGCCUUAAUCUGCAAUUACUAUCUCUGGCCACCAGUGCAGAUAGCCAAUUUUUAUUUCAUUCCUCUCCAUCACAGGUUGGCUGUUGUUCAGAUUGUGGCUGUUGCUUGGAAUUCUUACCUCUCCUGGAAAGCCAACAAGAUGAUAUUAGGCGGCUGUUCCUCAGCUUGACUGCAAUUCACAGCUUCAGCCUGUAAAUCAGCUUUUGAGUGGUCAAAGCUGUCACUGGAUUACUACAGUGUAUCUUCUAUCUUUCCAGCAGAUGCCAGUAAUAAGCCCAACGAAAAGCAAACAUUGAAUCUCAUCUCAUUAUUUGCUCCUUUACAUUGAUCAGGGAGGUAAAGCCAUAUAUAAAGGUCCAGAGAUUUCCCUAUCUAGUGCAUAGAAAUAUCACAGUGUUUCCAACUAACAGGGAAUUGACAGCUAGCCAGAAACGGUACUCAACAGUGACUACACCUCUGCAUCUGGCUGUUUUCUCUACACUUCUCUAAAACUUGUUAGUUAUUAUAAUAGUUACAGUAGUUAUUAAAGAAAUAUCAGUAUUACCACUUACCAAGCUGUACUUGUAUUAUACAAUGUUCCCCAAGUAUAAUGUUCUCAAAUGUUAUAUCCUGAUGCUGUGGAUUUGGCCUGUAGACUACUUGUUUAUAAACAGAUUGUUCUUGCAAUGGGUCACUUAAGCUUUAUAAUAUCAUGUGCUCUAAUACAAUAGUUACACUGUGGAAUAUCUGGUUUCUGUUUUGCUUAUAAUUGAAAAUUAAAUCUAAAUGAUUUAGGUUUCUAACUAUAACUUCAUGAAAGCACCUCAUGAAAAACCACAUAGCCAUGUUGCAGUAUAAAUGUAAAACAAUAUGUACAAUACCUAUUAUUAUUGUUAUUAAUAAUAAUAUUGUGCAUACAUAAACACUGAGCACUUUAUUAGGAACACUAUGGUCCUUAUAAAGUGCCUGACUUGGUCUUCUGCUGUUGUAGCCCAUCCGCCUCAAGGUUCGACGUGCAUUCUGAGAUGCUGUUCUGCUCACUACAGUUGUACAGAGGAGUUAUCUGAGAUAGCCUUACUGUCAGCUCGAACCAGACUGGCCAUUCUCUGUUGACCUCUCUCAUCAACAAGGUGUUUCCAUCCGCAGAACUGUCGCUCACUGGAUGUUUUUUGUUUUUGCCACCACUCUGCGUAAACUAGAGACUGUUGUGCGUGAAAAUCCCAGGAGAUCAGCAGUUACAGAAAUACACAAACCAGCCCAUCUUGCACCAGCAAUCAUGCCAUGAUCCAGAUCACUGUGAUCACAUUUUUCCCCAUUCUGAUGGUUGAUGUGAACAUUAACUGAAGCUCCUGACCUGUGUCUGCCUGAUUUCAUAUAUUGCACUGCUCCCACAUGUUUGGCUGAUUAGAUAAUUGUAUGAAUAAGUAGGCAUACAGGUGUACCUAAUAAAGUGCUUAGUGAGUGUAUAUAUAUAUACAGUAUAUGUAUAGUGUUGCCAAAGCUCAAAUAAUAAGUGGACUCACACUGUCCAAUAUAAACAGAAAUAUGCACAAAAAAUACGUUCUCUUCGUUUUAUUAUGAUAUGAAUAAGCCAUGAGGUCUGGCUGCGUCUUAAAGAAUUUCAGCACCUUGGACAGAGACAGUCCUCGUGCGUGACCCCGUCGCGCGCUUCUGCUCUCCCCCUGAAAACAAAUGCCCAGCCAUGCAGAAAUCUGGCUCACUUUGUUUAGGUGCAUAACAAAUUUAAGUGAUAUGACAACGAAAUACCAAUAACACCAUCCGCUGAUCACCUGUCUGUUACAACUUCAGACAUAUUUCCUUUAUUUGACACUACAUUUCUGACUUUAGAAUAGUAUCAAGAUUGCGUUAUUUGAUUGAAAACAUAUAGAAGACACAAU